CCACAUGACCUGUCAAGUAGGAAGUAACGAGCUAGCGCGAGCAGCAGCGACCAGAAACGCAAGACGAGGAGGAAGCUGUGAAAUCUAGGAAGUCUCAACCUCGACGUUUCUCUUCAGAUACAUUUGUUUCCCCCGUCGGACCCGCCAGAGCAAUAAGUUGUCCGCAGUCAUGGGCUCGAAGGUGGUGUUUUUCACUGUGGUUCUGGCUCUCAUCGGCGCAUCAGCCGCGACGGAGUCAGAUGAAUGUCCCUCUAAGUUGUGUGAUUCAUGUGGAACCACUGAAGGCUGCGUGUGGGUUAACUGCACAGCAUCAACUGUUGGCUGUCGCAACACAACUCUUCUGCCUAAUACUGAGAACUGCACCCAAACCAACUGCUCAGUCCCGGCUACAAAUUCCUCUACAGUUGCUCCCGCUCCAACCUCCCCUACCCCUGUCACCACCUCAGCCCAAACAGGCAAUACAACGAUGAAUUCCACCGUUGUACCCACCACUCACAGUGGUAACAUCUCCACGGCUCCAUCCUCGACUUCAACUGGAACCAGCACGAUCUCUCCUGCCCCUCACAAGAACACCUUUGACGCUGCAAGCUUCAUUGGCGGCAUCGUGCUGAUCCUGGGCCUGCAGGCCGUGAUCUUCUUCCUCUACAAGUUCUGCAAGUCCAAGGAACGCAACUACCACACCCUUUGAAGCAGCCGCACUUUCACUCGACCUAUCCCCACCAACUAGGACCUUGCAGAGAAGACUCCCCACUCGGCAUGCACUCAUCACGAUGGACUCAAACAGGUUUUCUACUUCUUUGAUUUCUGUGCCACUUGUGGUUUAGGCCUGCAUUACCCUGCUCUUAUAGUAUAUAUUCAAACACACACACGCACACUAAGGCCUGUAUGUAUGGUAAUUUAACUAGUACAACUAUAACGGUCUCCAGUAACAUGGUGUUUUUAUCCUUAACCAUAGGGAUUACAUAAUAUGGGAGUUACUCCCACCUCCAUCAUGCUGUUAAUUAUUCUGCGAAAAACGUUUUCCAGCGAAUUGAGGGGGUUUGUGUUAUUUACAGCCCCUAUCCUUGUGGCCUCAAUUAAAUACACCACAUGAGUUAAAGACUUAGUCAUUUACCCACAGUAGCUUUCCUGUUGAUGCUUAGGAGUACAGCUGCAAACUGGUAGCAUGUACAUUUAGUAAGUUAAUAUCUUUUGGUCUUGAAUUGGAAACACUGUUUGAGUUCACAGCUGUUCUUUAAUGUGAUGAUUCAGGAUUGCUUUUAGCCUGUUGAAUCAUGGGUAGGUUCCCCCGAGCAGCUGCGUUGUGUAUAUAUGUGUUCAUACAUGAUGUAAAAGUGGUGGGGACUAAAAGCAACACCUAAUCAUCUAACGUCAGACUUAAACAAAUAGCCAUCCUUCUGGUAAAAAGUCUAAUAUGGGUGUCUCCCGUGGCAUUUAGGAGUGCUGUUCGUUUUCUGCUGUUGAUUACCGGGGAAGUCUUGCACCCAAAUAUAGCUGUAAAAACCAACUGCCAGUAGAGCAGAUCAAUGCAAUAAAUUCCAUAUCAAGUUAAUUUCCCAUCCUUUAAUCUCCCAGUUACUACUUCUUGACCAACUUUAAAACGUACCCACUCCAACUGCUAACGUUGAGCGGGCCCUUUGCCCAAAUUUCUGUGGGGGAAGCCAAAAAGGGCCUGUGGGUCAAAAUGAAAGAUUGUAGAAUAUUUCAGAAGUAUGAACAAUUAUUAAGUGUUAAUAAUAUUUAAUAUAGAGAAUAGGGAGAUAAAGAAUAUGGCAUGCACCUUCUUGAUGUGGACAGUGAUAGCAGUAAAGUGCCUUUAAUGUCCAGUAUGACUUAAAGAGAGAAAAGGAAGAGGUGUCUUCUUCCUGGUUGAGGCCCAAGUGUUAUCAUUAGUUUGUUUUUAAGAAAGAAGCGGUAUCGCUGUGCUGAUAUUGGGGAGAACCGUUGUAUCCCAGCUGGACUGAAGAGCCUUUUAUUUUAAAGAAGGGAGUGAAUAGAUGUCAUUUGAGGGCCUUCAUGGAUCGAGUUUAAAGUUUUUCCCUGUAAAGUAGAGGACCCUAUUCAGUACAUGAAACCUAUGGUCUUCUCACUGGUGACUUUGUAUAAAUGAAUAUUUAAAAGUGCUCUCCCUUUUUGUAGCACCCAAUACGGCUCCCAAAUAUCCUCCCACCUCACUAUUUAUGUUUUAGAACUCUUAUUUCAAAACAUGAAUGAUGAGCUUGCGGGACCUUUUGGGUUGCUGUUAGGCGCUUUAAAUCAGGGAAUGUAACUUCAAUGAAAUGGCAAACAUAUUGGGCUUAAUUUAAAAACGUGAGUAUUGCAGAGAGUGCAUUGAGGUAAAAAUGUUGGACUGUUUGUUUGUUCAAAUGAGCAUUGCACCUCUGAUUUCUGCCGUAUAAAUGAGAGGAUUGUGAGUGAAGUGCAGAACUGCAGCAACUAAGCAGCCGCGCUAGAGCUCAUGUCACGUUCUCUAAUUAGCUUGCUGCUAACUGUGUGAUUUUAUUUCUUUCCAUUUUGUCACUCCUGUAUAUAGCCAUGUCCUGUUUUCUUCUUUUUAAAAAAAAAAUCUUUUAGGUUUCAACUUGAGUAAAAGGCUACAUGAAGGAGUGUUUAUCAGUAUACUUUGCUCGUCAGUGUCAAGAAUGUUUUGUUAAAUACCUUCUUUUCAUUAUCGCAUGCCGGAUGCUUGGAGUGGUGACUUUUCCUCUCAUUGCAUACGCUCUUAAGGAUUUAGACAAUUAAAACCACUUGAUUAUUUGUGAUUAGCUCAUAUGCUAGUUGAAGGAAUGCCUUGAAACAGCGCGCUUUGAGCCAAUGUCCUCAGUUUUGGCAUGGAAAUUGAGCAUUGCACUGACAAGCUUUGUUUUGUAACUUUGUCUUUGUAAAUGUUUUCAUGGUUCAGCCCCAAAAGAAUCCGAUGCUUGUUUAAAAACUCAGUCUUGAAUAUUUACUAGAUAAUGUAUGAAUAAUCACCAUGUUCUGUAUGGCCACAGGCUGUAAGAAAUGUAUGAGUGUGCAAAUGUUUGUUUCUUCUUCUCCCAUUUUGUUUUGGCUUUCAUAAUUUAGGAUUACAUGUUUCCUGCUGCUCACCGUUGACACGCCUUUAACCUAGUCGCCUGGUGGCAUUAGGCUACAGCCAAAAGACACAACUAUGGCGAGAAGGCUCCAGAGUUUUGCCUUAGCUUUGGAGAGCUUUUGCCCAAAUUAAGAGAAAUAUUUAGAGACUUAUUCCCAGCUAUUAAGAGUGGCAUGCUGCUUAACCACUGAAUCCAGUCAGACUGCUCUCUGCUUUCGACAUGGUGACUGCAUUCCCUAAGAACACAGCAUCACGAGUUGUCUAAACACACCUGUAUCAUGCGCACCAAUAGAUGUCCAUUGUGUUGCCUCUCCGCAGCUUCAACUACAAGUCACUAACUCAGACAGUGCACCACUUAAGGAAAAGUGCCUUAUUCAGUUGAUACCCAUCUAUAGUUGUAGUUUGUAGAAGGAUAUGACACGCCUAUUAAAUAAUGUGACUCAGCACUUUCAGACCCCUGUGAAGUGGUUUUCUGUGUUGUAGUCUGCUGAAGUUUCUGUUUUGUCAUGCUCAGCCUUAACUUCUUGAUCAAACCCAGAACGUUUGCUAGUGACAAGCUGUCCAGGCGGCUUUUGUUUGAAAAGUUAGAUAUAUCGUGUAUGUAAUGGUUGGCCAUUAUUAGCAUUUAAGUGCCUACAUUUCAACCAAUCACACAAUAGAAUUAUAGGCAUUUUAAAUGUUGCUUAAAUGGCUUUAACCAGCGAAUGAGUGCCAUAGUUUUAAACUAGAUGAUGCCUGGUCAACCUGUCACCAGCAUUGUUAAAAAAAUAAAUAACUGCAACACUUCUUCCAUACUGCAAACAGCCAAUGGAUGACUUGAAGUUCCCUUUUGUUGUAAUCUUCAUUUGUUUUAUUGAAUGGUUUUCUGUCUCGUAGGAUUUUAAGUGUGCUUGUUCAUGGAGCGCUUUCCAGCUUGUAGCGGUUAAUAUCAAGAUGAAUGAGUAAAAAGCUUUUUCAAUUCCCUCCUUUUUGCCCUUGGCUUAUUUCUAUGUGCACACGUUGUAGUGCCGUGUCUUUUACCUUUUGUGUCAGAGGCCAUCGGUCUUGUAGGUACUAUAUUGUUGGCUUUCCCCCCCUCCCACUACCACACAGACUGUACAUGUAGACACUUGCCGUUGCCAAAAAGCCUCCUGAAAUGUUCUGUGCUCCUUUUUGCUCCCUCAACCCUUUUUAUGUUGUGCCUUGUUUUCUAGUGUUGCCUUUAGUUCACGAUGUAAAGCCAAUAAAGUUUGAAUAUUGUUAAACAAA